CUCCAUUACUCGUAUCUCUUCACUUCUUCUUCACUCUAUCUGCAAAUCAUCUUCUUCUUCUUUUUCUUGUUCGUUUUUUUUUUCCUGAAUCACAAUUUGAUGGAGCCCGAUAACGUAGAGCGUAAUCUUCAAUCUCUGAGAAGAUUGUACAGUCUUCUCGAAUCAAAUGCAAGGAAUGGAUACGUUCCUGAGUCAUAUAAGUUAGAUGAGAACACUCAGUUUCUGUUAAAGAGGUUGCUCGAUUUUGCCUCCCAUGAACUUUUAGUUACACAAUCACAGAUACUUCCAACAGAACUAAUUUUAUUUCCUAGAAUGGAUAUUCACGGUCUAAGACCGCUGAAUGUGGCGCCACCUGCGAUGUCGUCGUCUCAGAUCAGCGGUUCUCACAUUACGCCAAGUGGUAAACUAUUGGAGACGAAAGGAUCGUUUAAGCGAGAUCCGAGAGUUAAUCAGAUUCAAAGCAGUUCUAGUAAGGAUGGUUUAACAAAACAAGUCGCUAACGCAAUCGAACAAAUCGAUAUACAGCUUUCAGCUUUAAGCUUUGUUACUGGCCGUGUGGGUUCUGAUGAUAGAACACGGUCUUGCAAGUCCUCUGUAACUCCUCCCAUUGAAGAUCGGAGACAUAACUUUCAAUCUCUUACGUCUCGUGUAAGAAGCAAUAAUUACAUGCCAAUGAGUCCAGAAGAUGUAACAGUUGGAAGCCAUGAUGAUCUAACUUUGCCUUCUAAUGAUCAGUUUGUUCGGCUCACGUCACAACCACAGCCGUUACCGCCUCUUGUUGUGAGUUCCAUUGAUUUCAAGAAGCCAAGUCAAAGUAACAGAACGUCACAAAAGAUGCCUAGUAUGAAACCAACGUUGAUGGAUCAAGAAACUGAAACGUUGGGCGAUGACUUGUUUGAAACAGAUGAUGAACAAACAACGUCUGGGACAACUUUUGAGUCGGAAGACGAAGAUGUUUCAAAUGAUCAAGAAUCAGAUGGGGAGACAGGGUCAAGAUCUGGAUCAAACUGGGAAACUCAAGCAGAGAGUGACACCGAGACUGAGUCAGAAUCAUUAUAUCCAUCACAGAGUGAUGAAUCUGGCUCUGAAGACAGCGCUUCUCCUCCUGAUAGAAACAGAGAUACUUCAAAAAAGAGGAGAAGUGCAAUGGGGGUGCUGAGAAGAUUAAAGAAUAAGAUAGGAAAAGUAAUCCACCAUCAUCACCAUCACCACCAUCAUCAUCAUCACCUCAACAAGAAUAAGCCAUCAGCUUCGAAGAGUACAUUUCACCAAAAGCAUGUAAUAGAGAAAUCAGAUGAGAAGAGAGGGACGACGUCAAAAACCAGAGGUCUUCUUACUACACAUACGCAGCAUAGAGGACUUACUACACAUACGCUAAUGGAAGUAUGGAAGAGACAUAGAAAGAACACGAAGAAACAAAACCAUGAUAAGCUGCAGGGUCAUGCCAAGAAAACGCAGUGGUUGAAAAACUUGAAGAAGCGUCACGGUGGUGGUGUGAAGAUUCCCAAAAGAGGACGUGUGAAGUUUGGAAAAACACAUUAUUUGACCAAAAAUAUUCAAGAACAUGAUGGAAAAUAGUAACGGUUA